GCUGCCUGGCAACAUGAGAGGGAGAACAGGAAGGUCCGCCGCAGCAAAGUGAGCAACCUGCACACUCUGGACACUAAUUUACCACAGAAACAACCCUCACAACGCACAAUGGAGGAUGCAGAGAAAGGUGCACAGCAGCAUCCAGACUCAGUGCCAGAGUUGGGAGAAGACGCAGUGACGUCUGUCAAUCCCAGUCCACCUCCUUCUACCCUGACCGAGGAGGAGCGGCAGGAGUUGCAAGAGGAGUUGUUCAAGGUGGAGGAUGAGAUCCAGACUCUGUCUCAGGUGCUGGCGGCUAAGGAGAGGCAGUUGGCGGACAUUAAGAGGAAGCUGGGUAUCACACCUCUUAACGAGCUGAAACAGAAUAUCACCAAAACCUGGCAGGAGGUCACCACCUCCACCGCCUAUAGGAGGACUUCUGAAACUCUGUCUCAGGCGGGGAUGAAGGCCACAACAGCCUUCUCCACUAUGGGCUCUGCCAUCAGCCGCAAACUUGAGGAUGUCAGGAAUGCACCAACUUUCAAGUCGUUUGAGGAGAAAGUGGAGACACUGAAGACCAAGAUGACUCCGGUGGCAUCCACCAGCAACGUCAGCGAUCAGGAUGACGGCAGUGCCACCACUCAGUCUCUGCUUAAUCAGCCAGAGGAACCGCCCACCCAGGAGGGGCCGAUGCACUGAAAACCGCUUAACCCCCUCCUGACCCUUCCUCACUUGACCCUCUAACCCCUGGACCGUCAACACUCAUCCCUUAAAGUCUUGUGUGCCAGUCUCCCUUUAUUGGAAACAAAUGACUUACCCCAGCCUUCUCUGUGAUCUAAUUGUCUGGUCUUUUUGUCUGACACGUGCACUCACUUGUUAACUGGUGUGGAAACUGAAAGCAUGGGAUGGGUGCAGGCAUGUGGUCUCGCGCCAGCAGUGUAUUUUUUUUUUAGGUCUGUUGCGGCUCGCUGUGGGAGAAAUCCUCCCUGCCGUGUAACUUUCCUUCUCCUCCCACAUUUCUGUUUCUCCUCUGCCUUUGUCUAACCAGCAAAGCUCAGAUGCCAAACAUACUUCUAGUUUGUUUGUCAAAUUAACUCGAAGUUUUUGUUUGUUUGAGUGUAGAAAAUUGCACAAAUAUAAAAAGAUUUACACUUUUCAUGUGAACCAAGCAGUUUUUGGCUUAUUGCUUCUGCAUGGCCCUUAUUAUAUAUUGGGUUUAUUAUUAUAAGUGUUUGUUUUGUAUGCCUCCAUUUUAGGGGCAUUUUCGGUUUACUUUGGAUUACCAAUCUGAUUUCUUCAUGAUAUUAAUCUGAAAACACUGCACAAUCUUAAAGUAGUCUUGACACUGUUUUCACAAUAUGAAUGUAUACCUUUUUGUGUGCUGUAGGUCCAACACUUUGUAUAAUGCAGUCACUGACUCCAAAAACACACCUGAGAAUAAAAUCCAUCCCCUUCUCCCUGACAAAUGUCCAUGCCACGAGAGUUGCAGGAAAACGGCCGAGAUCAGCAGAACAGAGACAGAGCAAACACACCACACCGUCGAGGCACAGCCUUGACCCUGCGUGAGAGUGAAAUAAAUGUGUCUCUUUCAGAGCCAGAGUCAAUAUUUGAACACUUGUCCAUUGUUUCUGCGAGGGAGGUAACACCUAGCCUCCCUGUGCUAUCUAACAGAAAAAAACAAGGCAAGGCCAGCAAAUAUCCUGCUGGAUGUUACUUUGUACACUGAUACAGGAUCAUGUAAUGAGUAGGUUGUUAUAAAGUGCAACAUUACUGAUUUUGUGAAGUUUUCAAGAAAUAUGUUUAGUGAAAAUGAUAAAAAAAAAAAAUCUACUUGUUCUUAUUCAAACUUAAGUCUCCAAACUUGGAGAUUUGGAAGUUUCAGAUAAACUGAAGGAUGAAGUGUUCCUUUUAUGGGUUGAGAAAGUUCCUCCACUUUAGCAAAAAAAAAAAAAAAUCUAUAAAAUGUAACUGUUACAAAGCUUAAAAAAUGAUGUUUUAGAGGCAUGAUUUCCACAGAAUGACAAAAUGUCAAAUGCACAAAUCAUCAUACAAUUGUUUUCCUUACUUGACCGUCUCAUGCUGCAUUAGCUUCAUAUUAUUUAACUACUAAACAAUUAUUCUCAACAAACACUUCACCAGUACACACUUAUGCAUGACAGGAGUUUUUACAAUCAGUGGAGGUUAAAUAAAACUUUAAAGGCCCUCUGAGCCGAUCUGAACACACAAAAGGGUUUCUGUGGUACACAAAUGGAGGACACAGGGCUUCAUUAUAUUUCUUACACUUGGUAGGACAAGACUUCCCCUGCUGUUGGAUCACUGGCUACACAUGACGCAGUCUCAACCAUCGUUGAUGGAAUUUGCCUCACUGGCUGAAGAUCAGAGCAGCAUAUAAGAGGACAGGUUGAGGGCGGGAUUUCUGGUGUUAAGAUUUAGUAUUUACCAACCAUAACACAACAGUGUUUUCUAUUCUGAGUCAGCCAUGACAAGCAAUGGUUUUCUUACAGUAAUACAGUUUCACAUGUCCUCAUGUAACAUCGCUAUCUAGCCCAUGACCUAGAUCACUGAGAGGAUUCAUUACAGCCUUUUAUCUCAGACAUGAGGAUUUAAUUAGCCAUACAUAUCACACACACACACGCAUCAUUUGUUCGGUUCUUAAUUGGAGUGUUGUAGUGGAGAAAUGUACUCUAAUUAAAAAAGU